UCUGAAUUGGUUACGUUAAUUCCUUUUCUUCAAGCAGGAGAUGGAGAUAUCUCUUAUAGGACUUCAGAAUGCUGGAAAGACUUCCCUUGUAAAUGCUGUUACUACCGGUGGAUACAGCGAGGAAAUGAUUCCUACAGUGGGAUUCAAUAUGAGGAAAGUAACAAAAGGAAAUGUUACAAUAAAGAUAUGGGAUUUAGGAGGGCAACGUAGGUUCCGUAGCAUGUGGGAACGUUACUGUCGUGCGGUUUCUGCUAUCGUUUCUCUUGUUGAUGCUGCUGAUCCAGAUAACCUUAGCAUAUCAAGAAGUGAACUUCAUGAUUUGCUGAGCAAGCCAUCAUUGAGUGGUAUCCCUUUAUCGGUGUUGGGAAACAAGAUUGACAAGCCAUGGGCUGUGUCUAAACAAGAUUUGACCGACCAAAUGGAUCUGAAAUCAAUUACUGAUAGAGAAAUUUGUUGCUUCAUGAUCUCGUGCAAAAACUCAACCAACAUCGACUCUGUUAUUGACUGGCUUGUGAAGCAUUCCAAAUCAAAGAACUGAGAAACUGCUUUGUGCUUUGAACUUUGAUGUAAUUUUGUGGCGACCCAAUUCUGGAUUUAGUAGUGGCAUUGGAAUGCUAACUCUCAGAUUGGUGUAUAAUUAUGUGGCGGUUCCAACUAUAUACGGCGCCUUUUGUUUGUAUUCUCAGUUUCAUCGGUCUUUGUUCGUCUUGAGCGGGGAUUUGGUUGUUUAAUAAAAUUUGCUGUUUUAAAAAAAAAAAGGUUAUCGACACUAUGAAAGUGACUUUCAUCAAUC